AUGACCGCCGUGGUCGGCUGGGUGGACAGCGAGUGCCAGCUGGUGUACAAUGUGUUCGCUGGGCUCUCAUGGGCGCACCGAUUCACCGUCAGGGUGCUCGGGGCGAGGCCCGGGCACCUGCGGCGUGAGGAGAUCGCGCUGCGCCAAUUCAUUCGCUGCCUGUUCCUGUCCGAGGUAAGGAACGAGGAAAGCUGCGCGUGGCUUUUCAGGAUCCUGCAGCCCUGGCCGCUGGUGUUCCGCGCCAAGCUGAUCUACAUCAUCUAUGGACCAAUGUGUCAUUACGAGAUCCUGUGGACGCUGCCGUCGCUGCCCCACACGGCGCUGAUGUCACAGCUGCUGCGCACCUCGCUGGCGCAUAUAGCAGGGGUGCUGACGUGCUUGCACGAGGACGCUGUGGGAUGGAAUUCGGACGACACCAUCACGGUGCUCGAAGAGCUUUUUGUGCUGUCACGGGAGUGGCUUCCGGUGAACCGCGCCAUGCUGCUGGCGCACUGUGGGUUGGACAUCUGCGUCCAGAUGCUGGCCUCCAAGAUCAUCAACGGACGGAAGGCUGAAGUGGCCAGCAUCUUCUUCAACCUGAUUUUGGUACACAAAGCAGUGCCUCAGUCUGCGAGGUUCAUUGUCGACGUGGCGAAGGCGCUCCAAGAUAUGUUGGGACAGACGCGCUUCCUCAAGGAGAUUCCUCUCCACAGCACCACGUUCUUGCGCAGUGCGCUGAGAUACUACCCAAAAAUUCGUGGUCGCAACAAAAGAUUUCUCGUUGUCGAUAUGACUCCUUCGGAACUGGAGCAUCAGCGGCGACAGCAGUGA